AACUUUUUAUUCGCUCCGAAAACUUUCAAAAGUGAACAUCUCGUGCCGACCAAAUCAAAUCCAAAAAAUGUCUUUCGUUGGCAAGAAAUUCAAGCUGGAGAAGUCCGAGAACUUCGAUGAGUACAUGAAGGAGCUGGGCGUCGGUCUGGUGACGCGCAAGAUGGGCAACAGCCUGAGCCCCACCGUGGAGGUGACUCUGGAUGGUGAUACCUACACUCUAACCACCACCUCCACCUUUAAGACGUCGGCCAUCAGCUUCAAGCUUGGCCAGGAGUUCGACGAGGAGACCCUGGACGGUCGCAACGUCAAGAGCAUCAUCACCCUGGAUGGCAACAAGCUGACGCAGGAGCAGAAGGGCGAUAAGCCCACCACCAUUGUCCGCGAGUUCAACGACGGAGAACUGAUCACUACCCUCACCAUCGGUAACGUGAAGUGCGUGCGCGUCUACAAGGCCGUCUAAGCUGUCCAUGACUGAUCUAUAAAUAUAUUCAUACAACUACAUGCAUUGCAACUAACUCAGAUAGCCACUUUUAUUGACUAACAGUGAAUUAAACUAAACCAAACGGAACUGCACGCUCAGCCUAAUGUAUAUUUAUAUCGCACCCUUACACCUGCAGAUGGUGUAGGUGUGAAUUGGGUGACCCCUUUUCUUGGAAGACCAAUUUCCAAAUGCAUUUGAAUAAACUAAAACACUGAAGUGCUUUACAA